AGCUUCAUCUCAAUUUGGACUUGGAACAUCCUUUCAAAACAUCCUUUCAAGUGAUAUAAAUAAGUAUUGUAAACACAUUUUCCAUGAAGCAGCAUUAAUUCUGGAAUUACUAUCAAUUUAUUACAAGACAAUGGCAGAGAAAGGGAAGCGUUGUUACAACAUUGCCCACAAACUUCAGAGCCGUGAGAUUGGUAAAAGGUUGGCCUUGACAAAUGUUCAUCCUCAGAUUAAGUUCCGCAAUUUUCAGUUGCAGGAAGAGUUUGAUACAAAUCAACCAUCCAAGAUUGUCGAAAUAGUUUCAGCUCGCGGUACUAUAUUUGCUUUGGCACAAUCAGGUGUUUGUGCUGCAUUUGACAGAGACACAAAUAAAAGGCUCUGCUACUUGAAUUUAAGUCCAGACGACCUUAUUCGAAGGCUGUACUAUAACGAAGAAAAUGAUUCUCUCGUGACAAUAUCAGCUCAUCCUUCCGAUAGAUUCUCACUCAAGUACAGAACAACCCUACUUGAGUACAUUAGAAGAGCUCAACCAGAUGCUGGCUUUGCUUUGUUUGAGGGUGAAAAGCUCUUAAGGCUCGAUCCUCUCAAUGGGAAAGUUCUUGUUUUUUCAGCUCAAGAUCAUAUUUACAAGGUGUUUGAUUUGAAGAACUACACACUCUUGUACUCCAUAUCUGACAAAGAAAUUGAAGAAAUAAAGAUCACUUCUGGUAUAGUGCUCUUAAAAUCGAAAAGAAGUGCUUGUGGAAGUAUUCUUCCUCUGAGGAUCUUAUCUUUAGAGGAUGGCAAAGUUUUGAAAUCUUUUCAUCUUGCAUUACUACCCAACAAAGAGAUAGAAUUUUUUGAGCUGUUCCAUGACAAGAUACUCCUAAAACAAGAGAAUGAAUGCCUGCAAAUGGUUGAUGUUCAAAGUGAAAAGAGGACUGAAUUGAGCGGACGAGAGUUUGAGAAGCCUUCAACAUUUAUUUUUUUGAUUAUGAAACGAUUGUUCUUGAUAUUUAGCAGUGGGACUGUUUUUGUAUGGAAUGUGCAAGGAGAGCUGGUUGCAUCUUACAAAAACAAAUUGAUAUGGUUUUCUGCUUUAAAGAUCAACACAACUAUUGUUAAAUUGACUUAUGAUCAGCUACUCCUUUCUUACAACAAAGUUCACAAGUCCAUUGAAGAUGAUAAAAAAAGUUGCUCAAUAAACAUAAGCAACAUCUUGACUGGAAAUUGCUGUGCUACGAUUGGUGGCAGUGACCCAGAUGUAGGCAUAAGUCGACCUAAUCUAUCAGUAAUCCAGAACACCUUUCAAGACACUCUUGAAGACAUUACUGCAUUGUUCUACGACGAGGAUAGAAAUGAAAUUUAUACAGGCAAUUCAAGAGGCCUUCUACAUCUCUGGUCAAACUAA